CAGACCCCCCCGGGACCCCCAAAAUCCCCCAGCCCCCCCCACUCCGCAUGUCUGACCCCCCACACACACACCUGGGGGGCCCCGUGGCCCCCCCGGGCCGGGCACCAGGUAAGUACCGGGGUGGGGCCUGCGGCGUCUGGGCGGUGGCCGAGUGAGGCUGCAGGUGGCCAAAGCUGCUGGUGGUCAGGGGUUCAGGUGGCCAAGGCUACCUGUGGGCAAGGUACAGGUGGCCAAGGGUUCAGGUGGUCAGGGGUUCAGGUGGCCAAGGCUACCUGUGGGCAAGGUACAGGUGGCCAAGGGUUCAGGUGGUCCAAGCUACUUUUGGUCAAGGGUUCAGGUGGUCAAGGUACAGGUGGCCAGGACUACUGGUGGCCAAGGAUCCAGGUGGCCAAGGCUACUGGUGGCCAAGGGUCCAGGUGGCCCUGGACUACCAGUGGUCAAGGCCACAGGUGGCCAAGGCUACCAGUGGUCAAGGUACAGGUGGCCAAGGGCUCAAGUGGCCAAGGCUGCUAGUAGCCAAGGGUCCAGGUGUGGCCCUGGUCUACCAGUGGUCAAGGUGACAAGUGGAAAGGGCUCAGGUGGCCAAAGACUAUUGGGUGGCCAAACUACAGGUGGACAGGGCUACUGGUGGCCAAAUUGACAGGUGAUCAGGGCUCCACGUGGACAGGGCUCCAGGUGGUCCGGUUGAGGUAGCCAAGGCUACCAAUGGCCCAGGUACGAGGCUACAGGUGGCCGAGCUGUAGGUAGGCAGGGCUACAGGUGGCCAAAGUACCGGCCACUGCUGGGCUAGAGGUGGUGGCCAAGGCUACAGCCAAGCUGAGGGACAGCUGGUGGCCAAGGUUGUGGCUAGUCAGGGUACCAGCAGAGCUACAGUCGGUGGCCAAGGCUCCAGGUAGCCAAACUACAGGCAGCCGAGGUUGUGGCUGGCCAAUGGGAUGGUUGACCAAGGCUACUGUUGGGCUACCUACAGGCAACCAAGGCUACUGUUGGCCAACCUGCAGUUAGUCAAGGCUGUCAUUGGUCAAGGUUCCAGGUGGCCAAACUACAGGCAACCCAGGCUCCCAUUGGCCAAGGCUACGGUUGGCCAAGGCUCCCAUUGGUUGGCCAAGGCUCUGGUUGGCCAAGGCUCCCAUUGGUUGGCCAAGGCUCCCGUUGGUUGGCCAAGGCUCUGGUUGGCCAAGGCUCCCAUUGGUUGGCCAAGACUCCGGUUGGCCAAGGCUCCCAUUGUCAAGGCUACAGUUGGCCAAGGCUCCCGUUGGCCAAGGCUCCCAUUGGUUGACCAAGGCUCCCGUUGGUUGGCCAAGUCUCCCGUUGGUUGGCCAAGGCUCCCAUUGGCCAAGGCUCCUGUUGGUUGGCCAAGGCUCCCAUUGGUUGGCUAGGACUCCCAAUGGUUGGCCAAGGCUCCCAUUGGUUGGCCAGGGCUCCCAAUGGUUGGCCAAGGCUCCUGUUGGUUGGCCAAGGCUCCCAUUGGUUGGCCAAGGCUCCCAUUGGUUGGCCAAGGCUACAGUUGGUUGGCCAAGGCUCCCAUUGGUUGGCCAAGGCUCCGGUUGACCAAGGCUCCCGUUGGUUGGCCAGGGCUCCCAAUGGUUGGCCAAGGCUCUGGUUGGCCAAGGCUCCCAUUGGUUGGCCAAGGCUCCGGUUGGCCAAGGCUCCCAUUGGUUGGCCAAGGCUCCCAUUGGCCAAGGUUCCUGUUGGUUGGCCAAGGCUCCCAUUGGUUGGCCAGGGCUCCCGAUGGUUGGCCAAGGCUCCCAUUGGUUGGCCAAGGCUCCUGUUGGUUGGCCAAGGCUCCCAUUGGUUGGCCAAGGCUCCCAUUGGUUGGCCAAGGCUCCCAUUGGUUGGCCAAGGCUCCCGUUGGUUGGCCAAGGCUCCCAUUGGUUGGCCAAGGCUACGGUUGACUAAGGCUCCCAUUGGUUGGCCAAGGCUCCCGUUGGUUGGCCAAGGCUCCCGUUGGUGGGCCAAGGCUCCCAUUGGCCAAGGCUCUCAUUGGUUGGCCAAGGCUCCAGGUAGCCAAACUGCAGGCAGCCGAGGCUAUGGUUGGCCAAUGGUUUGGUUAACCAAAUUACAGGGAAACAAGACUAUGAUUGGCCAAGGGUACCGUUGGCCAAGGCUGUGGGUGGAGCUACCACUGGCCAGGUCUCCAGUUGGCCAACCACCUGUUGGUCAGGGCUACCAUUGGCCAACCACCUGUUGGUCAAACGUCCAGCUGGCCAAACCUAUGGGUAGAGCUCUCGUUGGUCAACCUUCUGUUGGCCAAGCACCCAUUGGUCAACCUUCCGUUGGCCAACCACACAUUGGCCAAGCAUCCAAGUUGGCCAAGCCUACAGGUUGAGCUCUCAUUGGUCAACCUUCCAUUGGCCACCCACCUGUUGGCCAAGUGUCCAAGUUGGCCAAGCCUAUGAGUAGACAUCGGUCAACCUUCCAUUGGUCACCCUUCCAUUGGCCAAGUCGUCCAAGUUGGCCGAGCCUGUGGCUAGACCUCCCAUUGGUCACCCUUCCAUUGGCCAAGGCGUCCAAGUUGGCCGAGCCUGUGGCUAGACCUCCCAUUGGUCAACCUUCCAUCGGCCAACCACCCAUUGGUCAAGCGUCCAAGCUGGCCAGUUGGCCAAGCCUGUGGGUAGAGCUGUUAGUCAGCCUUCCAUUGAGGUUGGCCAAUCAUCCAUUGAGGUUGACCAACCUUCCAUUGAGGUUGACCAGCCUUCCAUUGAGGUUGGCCAAUCAUCCAUUGAGGUUGGCUAACCUUCCAUUGAGGUUGACCAACCUUCCAUUGAGGUUGACCAGCCUUCCACUGAGGUUGGCCAGUCUUCCACUGAGGUUGGCUAACCUUCCAUUGAGGUUGGCCAACCUUCCAUUGAGGUUGUCCAACUUUUCAUUGAGGUUGGCCAAUCUUCCACUGAGGUUGACCAGCCUUCCAUUGAGGUUGACCAGCCUUCCAUUGAGGUUGACCAACGCCUAGUUGGCCGAGUCCAUCGUGCCGGCGCCGCUCUCUCUGUGUCUCUCUGUGUCCCUGCACCCCUCGGGGCGGCGGUUCCGGGGUGUCCCCAUUACGGGAGUGUCCCAUUUCCGGUGUGUCCCAGUUUUGGGGUGUCCUCAUUCUGGGAGUGUCCCCGUUCUGGGGGUGUCCCUGUUCCGGUGUGUCCCAGUUUUGGGGUGUCCCCAUUCUGGGAGUGUCCCCAUUCUGGGAGUGUCCCAGUUUUGGGGGUGUCCCUGUUCUGGGGUAUCCUGGUUUUGGGGUAUCCCCAUUCUGAGGUGUCCCGGUUUUGGGGUGUCCCCGUUCCAGGGUGUCCCCAUUCCGGGGUGUUCCAGUUCUGGGCUGUCCCUUUUUUUUGGGGUGUCCUGGUUCUGGUGUGUCGCCAUUCCGGGUGUCUCCCUAUUCCGGGGUAUCCCAGUUUUGGGGUGUCCCUAUUCCAGGUAUCCCUGUUCUGGGGUGUCCCCAUUCCAGGGAUGUCCCCAUUUUUGGAGUGUCCCAGUUCCGGUGUGUCCCUGUUCUGGGGUGUCCCAUUUUUAGGGUAUCCCGGUUUUGGGGUGUCCCAUUUUUGGGGUGUCCCAGUUCCAGUGUGUCCCAUUUUUAUGGUAUCCCAUUCUUGGGGUGUCCCAUUUUUGUUGUAUCGCAUUUUUGGGGUGUCCCAGUUCCGGUGUAUCCCAUUUUUGUUGUAUCCCAUUUUUGGGGUGUCCCAUUUUUGUUGUAUCCUGUUUUUGGGGUGUCCCAUUUUUAGGGUGUCCCAGUUCUGGUGUAUCCCAUUUUUGUAGUAUUCCAUUUUUAGGGUAUCCCAUUUUUGGGGUGUCCCGUUUUUAGGGUGUCCCAUUUUUGGGCUCUCCCAUUUUCAGGGUGUGUCCCAUUUUUGGGGUAUCCCAUUUUUGGGGUAUUCCAUUUUCGGGCUGUCCCAUUUUCAGGGUCUCCCAUUUUAGGUUAUCCCAUUUUUAGGUCAUCCCAUUUUCGGGCUGUCCCAUUUUUGGUGUAUCCAGUUUUUAAGGUAUCCCGUUUUUGGGCUCUCCCAUUUUUGGGUUAUCCCAUUUUUAGGGUCUCCCAUUUUUGGGUUAUCCAAUUUUCGGGGUCUCCCAUUUUUGGGUUAUCCCAUUUUUAGGUUAUCCCAUUUUUGGGAUCUCCAAUUUUUAGGUUUUCCCAUUUUUAGGUUUUCCCAUUUUUAAGGUCUCCCAUUUUCAGGGUCUCCCAUUUUUGGGUUAUCCCAUUUUUAGGGUCUCCCAUUUUUAGGUUUUCCCAUUUUCGGGGUCUCCCAUUUACAGGGUAUCCCAUUUUCGGGGUCUCCCAUUUUUGGGUUCUCCCAUUUUUGGAUUAUCCCAUUUUCGGGGUCUCCCAUUUUAGGCUCUCCCAUUUUUGGGUUAUCCCAUUUUUAGGGUCUCCCAUUUUAGGUUAUCCCAUUUUUGAGUUAUCCCAUUUUUAGGGUCUCCCAUUUUCGGGGUCUCCCACUUUUGGGUUAUCCCAUUUUAGGUUUCCCAUUUUUAGGGUCUCCCAUUUUUGGGUUAUCCCAAUUUAGGCUCUCCCAUUUUUGGGUUAUCCCAUUUUCGGGGUCUCCCAUUUUAGGUUAUCCCAUUUUUAGGGUCUCCCGUUUUUGGAUUAUCCCAUUUUAGGGGUAUCCCAUUUUUAGGGUCUCCCAUUAUUGGGUUAUCCCAUUUUAGGUUAUCCCAUUUUUAGGUUUUCCCAUUUUUAAGGUCUCCCAUUUUUAGGGUAUCCCAUUUUUGGGUUAUCCCAUUUUCGGGGUAUCCCAUUUUCGGGGUCUCCCAUUUUAGGCUCUCCCAUUUUUGGGUUAUCCCAUUUUCAGGGUCUCCCAUUUUUGGGUUAUCCCAUUUUCGGGGUCUCCCAUUUUUGGGUUCUCCCAUUUUUGGAUUAUCCCAUUUUCAGGGUCUCCCAUUUUUGGGUUCUCCCAUUUUUGGAUUAUCCCAUUUUCGGGGUCUCCCAUUUUUGGGUUCUCCCAUUUUUGGAUUAUCCCAUUUUCGGGGUCUCCCAUUUUUGGGUUAUCCCAUUUUUAGGUUAUCCCAUUUUUGGGGUCUCCAAUUUUUAGGUUUUCCCAUUUUUAGGUUUUCCCAUUUUUAAGGUCUUCCAUUUUUAGGGUCUCCCAUUUUCGGGCUCUCCCAUUUUAGGCUCUCCCAUUUUUGGGUUAUCCCAUUUUCGGGGUCUCCCAUUUUUGGGUUAUCCCAUUUUCGGGGUCUCCCAUUUUCGGGGUCUCCCAUUUUCGGGGUCUCCCAUUUUUGAGUUAUCCCAUUUUUAGGGUCUCCCAUUUUCGGGGUUAUCCCAUUUUUGGGGUCUCCCAGUUUUGGGUUAUCCCAUUUUCGGGGUCUCCCAUUUUUGAGUUAUCCCAUUUUUAGGGUCUCCCAUUUUCGGGGUUAUCCCAUUUUUGGGGUCUCCCAUUUUUGGGUUAUCCCAUUUUCGGGUUAUCCCAUUUUUGGGUUAUCCCAUUUUAGGGUCUCCCAUUUUUGGAUUAUCCCAUUUUUGGGGUCUCCCAUUUUUGGAUUAUCCCAUUUUCGGGCUCUCCCAUUUUUGGGUUAUCCCAUUUUCGGGUUAUCCCAUUUUUGGGUUAUCCCAUUUUAGGGUCUCCCAUUUUUGGGUUAUCCCAUUUUCGGGUUAUCCCAUUUUUGGGCUAUCCCAUUUUCAGGGUCUCCCAUUUUGGGUUAUCCCAUUUUCGGGGUCUCCCAUUUUAGGUUUCCCAUUUUUAGGGUCUCCCAUUUUUGGGUUAUCCCAUUUUCGGAGUCUCCCAUUUUCAGGGUCUCCCAUUUUCGGGGUCUCCCAUUUUUGGAUUAUCCCAUUUUAGGUUAUCCCAUUUUUAGGUUAUCCCAUUUUUAGGUUUUCCCAUUUUUAGGGUCUCCCAUUUUUGGGUUAUCCCAUUUUCGGGGUCUCCCAGUUUUGGGUUAUCCCAUUUUCGGGGUCUCCCAUUUUUGGGUUAUCCCAUUUUCGGGGUCUCCCAUUUUUGGGUUAUCCCAUUUUUGGGUUAUCCCAUUUUCAGGGUCUCCCAUUUUCGGGGUCUCCCAUUUUCGGGGUCUCCCAUUUUCGGAGUCUCCCAUUUUAGGUUAUCCCAUUUUCGGGGUCUCCCAUUUUUGGGGUCUCCCAUUUUCGGGCUCUCCCAUUUUCGGGCUCUCCCAUUUUCGGCUCUCCCACUUGGGGCUGUCCCAUUUCCGGGGGUCGCCGUCUCCGCGUGCGGUCGGGGUGGGGUCUCGUCGUCCCGGCGUGCGGGGCCGGGCGCGGUGCUAAUUACUUCCUGAAUUAAUUACCUGUGUUUUAUUGUCA